CAAAAGAAAGCAUAAAUUACUAGAAGCUACGAGCGACACAUUCCAAUAUGAGUUCCAACAAAUAUCAAAAAAAUCCCCAUACUCCAGGAAUUUCAUUUCUUUUUUUGGCAAUAAUUCUACAUCGAUUCGUAAACGCAUCAUGGACAACAUUGCAAACAGAGAAAACAAACAUAAAGCCGAAAAUUGCAUCUUAUUACACUCGGGGGCUAUUGCACCAAAUGCCAUCACUAUCACCAUCACCAUCACCAGUGCCAUUGCCAUCAGAACAACUCUUCGACAGCAAGCGUUUUGUUGACAAAAAGUCGAACAAUAUUGAUGUCAACCAUCUGGAAAGUGCUGCAGGCAGCCCAGGGAUGCUACAUCAUUUAAUUUAUGAACUUGUCCAAUACAAGCAUAUACCGAGAGUAAGUUUGCUAACAUGCCAGCAGGAUAAUGGGAACUUGGACGUUAACGUAAACGUGAACGUGGACGUAGAUAUGGGCAACGGGUCACCAACCAGAAGGCAGCGAGAGCAAACAAGGACAUCGAUUAAUAUUGACACGCUGACAAUAUUGAGAUCGUUUUUCACAGGCAAGGAUAAUCGUCGUUGGUAUAAGGGACACACGAUUGAUGGUGUCAACAUUUCCAGCAGCAUCAGUUCAAGUGACUGGAUUGGUCACAACCACCAUAGUCGAAGUCGUGGGUCUGCACAUAGACGCUCUGCAGAUUCUCAGCCAAAGGGUGUUUUAAUUAAAAUUCUGCGAAUAGAUCUAUUAAUCAAUAGUCAAGCAAGCAAGAGUUUUGCAAAUAAAAAUAAUUCUAGUGACACUGCAGACGAGUUGCUUGCGACGUUCCUUCGGAGUGAAGUUUUGCGACAAUUUGUUGUUCUUGAUUUGUCUUGCAAUAUUGCUAGUCGAAAAGUCCUACAGAUGGCUUCGAACAAAGGACUUUUCAACUCCUCAUAUCAUUGGCUUUUGAUUGAGGAUUAUACUUUUAAUCGGCAAGAAGAUGAUGACGAUGAGAACGAGAAUGAGGAUGAAGAUGGUGACGGUCGGGAUGAUUCUCAACUGCUGCAGGAUAUCCUUACUUCUAAUGCUCCAGAUACUGAUACCGCUUCUGGGACUUCAUCAGGAGAUGAUAAAAUCAAUAGUGAUGGCCGAGACGCAGACGAUUACGGCAACGGCAAUGGCAACGUUAGUGACAACAAAGUCUCCAUCUCCAGGUUCAGCUCCAUCUCCAGUGACAGUGAUAACGCUGAGAAGGGGGAACAGUUGAAGCAAGAGAAGGACAUAUUGCUUAUUGAGAAGUUUCUAGAAAAAAUCAACAUCAAUAUAAAUACUGAGCUAAUAUUGGCAAAGCGAAUCAAUGGGGGUCCAGAUUCGGAUUCAAAGAAGGAUUACUACAUGCUGUAUGACGUUUGGAAUCCUGGUUUGCAGUAUGGUGGCAGUCUAAACGUUACACAAAUUGGAAAUUUCUCAGAAGAUAAUGGCCUUCAAUUGCGAAAGUGGUAUCGGCAACAAACCACAAUCAUCCGUAGAAUGGACAUGAUGAAUGCCCGCAUCCGUUGCAUGAUUGUGAUUACGAACAAGAAUCACUUGGACAACUUUGAGGAUUACUUGACACAGCAAUAUGACAUCCACCUGGACUCGAUGCACCGUUUCAAUUUCGCUCUUCUCUCCUACGUCAGGGAUUUAUUUAAUUUCAGCUUGGUCAUGUCGCGUACUCCCUCUUGGGGCUAUCUGAAAAAUGGAAAAUUCGAUGGGAUGAUAGGAGCUCUUGUACAACGUCAGGCAGAUAUCGGUGGAUCACCGAUUUUCUUUCGAAUAGAACGUGCGAAGGUGAUUGAUUACACAACAAGGACAUGGAUUGCCAGGCCUUGUUUCAUAUUUCGACAUCCCCGAACGGUUCGAACGGACCAAAUCGUAUUCCUUCAACCUUUUUCAAACAGCGUUUGGGUACUUGUGGCAAUAUUUGGAGGAAUAACUAUAACUCUUUUGGCUGCUUUGACUAUUGUGGAGCAAAAAAUGAAGGAGGGUGAUUCUGACAAAUCGUCUUCAUCAGUUUUCGAGGAACAAAAAAUGACAACGAAUACAAUCGAUGUUAAGAACACUAAGAACCAACAUAAUUCCCUGAGGAAGACAACAAAAAUGGAAGUAGAUACCGAAGUGAGUCCCUUUACUCAGAAGAAUACAAUGCCCUUGGCACGGCAGCGGCAGCGUGGUCUCUUUAGAACUGCAGCUCCCUGGUUGGCAAACAUGGAUGAGGAUACCAAUAGCAAUACCAGCACCAGCACCAACACCACCAUCAUCAACAAUGCUUUAACUUUGAGAACUCAACGAUUCAACAUCAAAGCUGGAGGAAUCAGAAAAAAAGAGGACACCCCAGUGGAUUAUGGCGAUGGAGCUCAUGUCUUGGCGCAAAGUGAAAUUGAUUGUAUUGAUAAUGGUGUCAGAGUUAGUGGCCCGAUCAAUGCUGUAGUUUCACUUAAUAACCAUGGCCAUAUUGAAGCUGGAAGUUUGAAGAUGGGGAAAACUUUGAGAAAAUAUUUUACUUGCUCGAUGAAAUACUUUUGCAAGACAGAUGGAAAUGGAAAUAUUUCAAAUAAAAAACGAUGGGAGAUAAUGUUGGAGUCAAUGCUCUUUUAUAUUGGAUCAAUUUGUCAACAAGGAUUAUCACUCUCCACAAAUCUGAUAUCUUGUCGGUGUGUUAUUAUUACCAGUCUCUUGUUUUCAUUUUGCAUCUACCAAUUCUACUCGGCUAGCAUAGUUGGUACGUUGUUGAUGGAGAAACCAAAAACCAUCAAGACACUACGCAAUUUGAUUCAAAGCUCUCUCGAAAUUGGAAUUGAAGAUAUACUCUACAACAGAGACUUUUUCCUGCACACAAAAGAUCCAGAUGCCAUUCAAUUGUAUGCUUCUGUAUCACUACCUCCGGACCAGAAUUCAACACCCCCAACCAACCAAACCAACCGAAGCCAGACACUAGAAGAGCAACACCACCACUGGCAAAAAGAGGUUCCCACCACCUCCACCAGUAAUCACAGGAAUAGAGUACAAUCAAAAACCAGCGAUGCAUCCAACUGGCAUGAUCCCGAGUAUGGCGUGGCAAAAAUUAAACAAGGAGGAUAUGCUUUUCAUGUGGAUGUGGCUACCGCAUAUAAAAUAAUCUCGGAUACUUUUACUGAAAAGGAAAUUUGUGAAUUGUCAGAAAUUCAACUAUUUCCACCACAAAAGAUGGUCAACAUUGUGCAGAAGGGUUCACCAUUGAGGAAGAUCAUUACAUAUGGGCUACGUCGAAGCACAGAAGCCGGACUAAUGGAUUACCAGAGAAAAGUCUGGCACUCGCCAAAACCGCGGUGCGUGAAGCAGAUCCGAACUGAUGAUUUGAGGGUUGAUAUGCAGACAUUCACAUCAGCAGUUUUCGUACUUAUCUUUGGAUUUGCAGCUAGCGUACUCGUCCUGGCUCUAGAGAUGGUUCAUAAUAAUUUAUGGCAGCAAUUUGCAACAUAAGCAGCAGCAGCAGCCAGCAUCAGGAGCGUAGAAUGAACAGCAGCAGCACAGGAGCAGGAGUAGCAAAAGCAGCAGUAGAAGAAGUAGAAACGGGAGCAUUAAGCUUUGGUUGGGAUUGGUGACAAUGACGCGGUGAUGGUAGACGUUUGUGGUGGCGUUGCAUUUUUUGGUUGGAUACCUUUUUGGCUUCCAAAACUUGGUUCCAAAAGAAAAUUGCAGUUGACAUCAUUGAAAUGUUUUGGGGUUGCGGUGAUUUAUAUGUGUAGUAUUGUAUUUGAUUGAGUUGUUGCUUUUUUGAAACAAAUAAAAUGUACAAAUAAAUUUUGCUUUAUGUUUGUCUAAAGGCUUUGACGUUUAGGUAAACAAUAUUGAAGAUGUUGCGGGAAUUUAUACUUUGAUAUAAUGACAAAUUUAUGUAAUUUGGUUAUGUAAUAUUUUGGAGAAUUAAUGGAGAGGCUAGGUUUUUAAAUGACAUACACGUCCUAGCCGAACAAAAGAAGUUUAUGUGAUAUGUGUUGAGAGGGUAUGUGUUAUUGAUUACUUAAGUAGGUUUUAAUAAUUUACAAAAUGACGGGUUGAAAAAUUUGGCAGAAGAUGAAAGCUUACAAUCUUAAACGAUUUCUUAAAAUAAAUAACUUACUUAGCUAAAAUAAUGAGUUUGCAAAUUUAUAACGAUUUUAGGAACUUAAUAUCUCUUAAAAUGUUACCAUGGUAAGAAUCAAUAAAGGAGUACUUUAAAUAUAAGUAAGUUUUUAAGGCAUUUUGAGUCUCUGCAUUUCCAGAAUUUUUAGUUCUUAUUUUGUUUUUUUUUUUGUUAUCAUCAAAGUUCACUAUCGAAUUCAGUUAAAUCGUUUUCAAUAAAAGUAGAAUAUUAUUUAACAAGUUCGCACUUAUUGGUUAAGAAAGGAAUUGCUGAAUAUUUAGAAUAUUUCUAAUUUUUAAAAGUUGAAAUACGACUGUUCAAAAGUUUUUAGUAACCAAGUUUCCUUAAAGUUUACCUGCUUAAGUUAUUGAAUAUUUAUUUAUAAAUUAAAAUUUGUAUAACUCACCAGAAUUGUAUAUUAAAUCACUCUAAUGUCCAGGCCAUGCAGGUACAUAUUGUUAUGAAUAAAUACGCUGAAAAGAAAAGA